AUGGUGAACACCGGCGCAGCAACCGGCGAGGGUGCAGCAAACGGCGAGGGCGCAGUCACGGUUGUAACGUCUCAACGGCUCCCGGAGUUCAUCGCGAGUGAUCCGGAGAUGUGGUUCGCGAUGGUCGAGUCACAAUUUAUGAGAAACCGCGUUACCGACAAACAGAUGCAGUAUGUUAGCGUGUUAGCGGCUUUACCGGCGAAAUACGCGACCGAGGUGCGCGAUAUAAUUCUGAAACCACUAGCAGCCGCUCUGUAUGACGAGUUGAAAGAACAGCUCAUUAAAAGACUAAGCGUUAGCCAAGAGGAGAAUACGCGAAGGCUGUUAGAGGCUGAGAAGAUCGGGGAUGAAAAGCCGUCCCAAUAUCUACGCCGUCUACAAGCGCACGCAGGAUCAUCGGUUCCAGAUAAGUUUUUGAAAACACUUUGGCUGCGAGGCCUUCCAGAAAAGUAUCAAACAGCGAUGGCUACGCAGCAAGAAAAGUCAGUUACCGCGAUGGCAGAAGUUGCUGAUAUUAUAUACGAUAUUCUACCAGCGCGGCCAACAAUAGCCGAGGCAUCCGCAUCACACGAGAUGCAGCUAACCAUCGCGAUUCAACAGCUGCGCCUGGAGGUAGCACAGUUAAGAGGUCGCUUGGAUAGUCAGGUGGACGAGAUAGCCAAUACUCGGCGUGGCAGGUCACAGACACCGCAUCGCGACCAAUCUGCGUCGCGGUCAAGAUCGCAAUCGCGUCAACGGGGCCCGCGACCUCCAGGAAUGUGCUGGUACCACUGGAUUUUUAAAGAGAAGGCUGACCACUGUACGAGCCCAUGCAACUGGACGCCGGGAAACGGCACGGGCAGUCGUUAA